AUGUCGGCACCAUCCACCUCCUCCUCCGGCGCCAAGAGCGCACCCGCACCCGGUCCCGACGACUGGAAGAAGACGCUCAACCUCCCCAAGAAGGACGCUCGCCCGCAAACCGAGGACGUCACGGCGACCAAGGGCAACGAGUUCGAGGACUACUUCCUCAAGCGCGAGCUCCUCAUGGGCAUCUUCGAGGCCGGCUUCGAGCGGCCGUCGCCCAUCCAGGAGGAGGCCAUCCCGAUCGCCCUCACCGGGCGCGACAUCCUCGCGCGCGCCAAGAACGGCACGGGCAAGACGGCCGCGUUCAUCAUCCCGACGCUCGAGCGCGUCAACCCCAAGGUGCCCAAGAUCCAGGCGCUCCUCCUCGUCCCGACCCGUGAGCUCGCGCUCCAGACGUCGCAGGUGUGCAAGACGCUCGGCAAGCACACGGGCGCCAACAUCAUGGUGACGACGGGCGGCACCACCCUGCGCGACGACAUCCUGCGCCUCGGCGAGGAGGUCCACAUCCUCGUCGGCACGCCCGGCCGCAUCCUCGACCUCGCCGGCAAGGGCAUCGCCGACCUGAGCGAGUGCCCCAUGUUCGUCAUGGACGAGGCCGACAAGCUCUUGUCGCCAGAGUUCACGCCCGUCAUCGAGCAGCUCCUGUCGUUCAUGCCCAAGGAGCGCCAGGUCAUGCUCUUCUCGGCCACGUUCCCCCUCAUCGUCAAGGACUUCAAGGACAAGUGGAUGCGCAAGCCGUACGAGAUCAACCUCAUGGACGAGCUCACCCUGCGCGGUGUCACCCAGUACUACGCCUUCCUCGAGGAGCGCCAGAAGGUCCACUGCCUGAACACCCUCUUCUCGAAGCUCCAAAUCAACCAGUCGAUCAUCUUCUGCAACUCGACCAACCGCGUCGAGCUCCUCGCCAAGAAGAUCACCGAGCUCGGCUACUCGUGCUUCUACUCGCACGCGCGCAUGCUCCAGGCGCACCGCAACCGCGUCUUCCACGACUUCCGCAACGGCGUGUGCAGGAACCUCGUCUGCUCCGACCUCCUCACGCGCGGUAUCGACAUCCAGGCCGUCAACGUCGUCAUCAACUUCGACUUCCCCAAGAACGCUGAGACGUACCUGCACCGCAUCGGUCGCUCGGGUCGGUACGGCCACCUCGGCCUCGCCAUCAACCUCAUCACGUUCGACGACCGGUUCAACCUGUACCGCAUCGAGCAGGAGCUCGGCACCGAGAUCCAGCCCAUCCCGCCCGUCAUCGACCGCAGCCUGUACGUCGCGCCCGGGACCGAGGACGAGGUCAAGGAGGCCCAGGCGGCCGCCGCCCAGGGCCAGAAGAGCCGCCCGGCCGGCGUCGGCGGGCACGGCAUGCAGGCGCCGCAGCAGCGCCAGGUCGCCGCCGCUCCUGCCCCUGUCGCCGCCGCUGCUGCCCCGCAACCGCAGGCGCAGGCGCCUUCCGCACCGGCGCCGGCUCAGCAGCAGCCGCAGCAGCAGCAGCAGCGCGGCCAGCAGCAGCAGCAGCCGGCGUACCAGCAGGCGCCGCCGCCCCAGCAGCAGCCGUACUACGGCGGCUACCCGCAGCAGCAGCGUGCGCCGCAGGGCUACGGCGCGCCGCAGGGCCAGCAGCAGCAGAUCCCGCCGCACCUCAUGGCGCAGUACCAGGCGCAGCAGCAGGCCAUGCUCGCGCAGCAGCAGCAGUACCUCGCGCAGCAGCAGCAGCAGCAGGGCGGUGCUGCGCGCCGAUGAGCGAGCGAGCGAGCGAGCGCCGAGUCGAUGAGCGCGCAUCUCGGGCGCGACCGUCCUUCCUCCCUUUUCCUCCCUCGAGGUGCGGCGCUGUACACCUCUUCCCAGCCGCCCUCGCCCUUUUCCCCACCACCUUCACCUCUUCGCUUUCGUCGUCGUCGUUGUCAUUGUCGCACCCCUUUUCGCCCGCCGCGUCGUCGCCCAUCGCGCUCGUUCCCCCUCCGUCGUCCCUCCCUCUCUCCCUCGCCCGCCUCUCGCCCUUUCUCUUCGUCCCAUCCUCUCCUCUCGCCAUCCCAUCUCUACCUAUCCUCGGCAUCCGCCUCCUCUCAUAGCCAUCCCCCUCACCGUCGAUUCAACUCGGCGACCUCGUCCUUCCCUCGCGCUCGCCACCAGUUUUUGGCCCUGGCCGCCCUCGACCUUCCCUUACCUCUCUUCCUCCCACAUCGCCUCUACCUCGCCCUCGCCCUCCUCGCCUGUCGCCAACCGCCACCGCCGUCCUCGUCCCGCCGUCGUCAUCGUCGUCCCCUCGUCACCGCCCUCUCUGGCUCGUCACCUCAAGGAGAGGCGCACCAAUCUUUCUCAUGCACUCGACGGUGCGACG